AUGACUGCCCCUCUUCCUGCAGCCCAAACUAACCCCGCCUUCCCCUCCGCAGCGCAGUAUCUCACCUCCGACAAGUCCAGCUUCGCCUCGGUCUCGGCCCACGAACGCUGGCCGGUCAUCUUGACUGGCGCGAUUGAUGAUCUGCACCGCAGCGUUGCCGAUGUAACCGACGAGGAGAAGCGUCAGGAAGGGAAAGCGAUCAUUGGGAGCCUCGCAGCUUUCAAAUAUGAGCUGCAGCACAACAGACAGUUGACCCCUCUCCCCGACGACGGCCAGCCCGACAUUGCGGCGUACAACCAGGAGCUGGAGCAGCGGGGAAACCCUUCAUGGCACGACGUCGCAUGGCUCUACUCAGAAUGCUACCUCUACAGACGCCUGAGCACCUUCUUCUCCCUCUCCAAGCACUGGAAGGGCUAUGACGUGUUCGCCCGCCAGAAGAUGUCCACCUUCAAGUCAUCUCGCCCCGCCGUCCUCGAACUCGCCGCACGAUACAAGGAACUGGCCGAGGAAGCAAGCAAGGGCACGGAGGGCAAGACCCCGGAGCAGAUCGAGCAAGCCGACCGCAUCCUCUUUUCCGAGAUGUGCGAGAUCUGCCUCUGGGGCAAUGCCACUGACCUCUCCCUCCUCACCUCCCUCACCUACGAAGACAUCCAGAAGCUCCAGGGCUCGGAAGCCCGCAAGGCCUCGGAGAAGAAUAUCCUCGUCAACGACCUCAACGCCUCCUUCGACGUCCUGCACCAGGCCCGCCGUGACCGCAAGAAUCAGGAUCGCCGCGUCGACAUCGUCCUCGACAACUCCGGCUUCGAGCUCUUCGUCGACCUCAUCCUCGCCGGCUACCUCCUCUCCGCCGGCCUCGCAACCACUGUCGUCCUCCACCCCAAGAACAUCCCCUGGUUCGUCUCCGACGUCACUCCCCCGGACUUCGCCGCCCUCAUCGCCGCCCUCUCCGACCCGCAGGCCUUCUACACUGCCCCCGACGAGUCCGGCAAGAGCUUCGACCCCCUCUCGGAGAAGGAAGUCUCCGAAGUCAAAUUCCUCUUCGACCACUGGAGCCACCUCCACGCGGAAGGAAAGCUGAUCAUCCGUCCUCACACCUUCUGGACUACCCCAGGAAGCUACUGGCGCAUGCCAUAUGUAGCCCCGGACCUCUUCAGCGACCUGAAGGACAGCGAAUUGGUCUUGUUCAAGGGUGACUUGAACUACCGCAAGUUGACCAACGAUGCUGCCUGGGACCCCACAACCCCCUUCACAGAAGCCAUCGGCCCACUGGGCCCGCAAUCCGGCGUCCGCGUCAUGGCUUUCCGCACCUGCAAGGCCGAUGUGGUGGUUGGUCUGCCCAAGGGUGUGGAUGAGGAGCUCCGCCAGAUGCCUAACGGUGGGGGCGACGAGGCGCGGAAGUGGGCGUGGAGUGGGAAGUGGGCUGUUGUGUCGUUUUGUGAUGGGAAGGCUUAG